AUGCGGGAGAUUACCUUUCACAAGAAGUACCGGCGUGGCACCCGAAAUCACCUGGGCUUCGUUAAUGAGGACAACGAGGGCCACACCGUGGUGUACAAAGGGAGGCUCAUCGGAGACAACCUCGGAGCGGGCUUCCGAGGUACUUGGCAGAUUCGAAACAGCGGAACCAACAGCGACGGCAGCUUUCACCUCUGGCCGGCAGCGGAGUUCCAGCCGUCAGCGCCACCUGCAGCCCAAGUCUUUCAAGUGGCAGAGGACGGUGAGUGCGUGGUCUGCUACGAGCGGGCGAUCAACACUUGCCUGCAGCCGUGCGGCCAUAUGGCAAUGUGCCAGCAGUGUGUCUCCAUGCUGCCGGCCCCUCGCACAUGUCCCAUCUGCCGCAGCCGAAUACAGUCUGUGCUGACGCAGCCCCCGGGCCCCUAG